AUGGAUGAUGUUUCUCCACCACCACCAAAGAAGAGCACAACCCUGUCCGUGGAUCGAGCCGCCUUUCUAUUGUUGCGUGUGAAGAAGGCGUUCAAGAAGAAGCGCCAACAGCGCAAAGAGCGACAUGCUCAACAAAAUAUUGCAGGCAGCAGUGGUGGUGGCAGUAGCGGCAGCGGCGGUGGCAGUGGCACGCAAUCGCGCAGUGGCAGCCGCAAACUGCCGCCGCCAUUGUUACGUUCGCGAACGUUGCCCGCCAUCAUUGUGCCCGGACUUCCGGUUGUCUCGCUGCACACGGAUAAACAAACAUUUCAAUUGGACGAACGGCUGGUGGGCAGCAAAAGCCGCAGCGGCAGCGCCAGCGGCCAUCGCUGGUCGUUGCUAACGCGUGCUGGCGGUUCGACUGGCAACAGCAGCAGCAACAACAACAAUAACACACAUUUAACCAACAACAACAACACGCUAAUGGUGAAAUCAUUGAAUUUGCCAAAAGAUGACAGCACAUUGGUAUAUCGACGCAAAUCGUCUGGCAGCACGCCCCAUCAGGUGUUAACGCAACAGCAGCAGCAACUGCAACAGCAGCCGCAACAACAACAACAGCAACAAUGCCAGCAGCAGCAGCAACAACAACUGCAACAGCAACAUCAGCCACAUCAACAUCAUCAGCAACAACAUAUGGCAGACAGUUCUUUGUUUCAGCUCUCAGAUGAUUUUGAAUGCCAUGCUGAUGGUUCGCUUUUGCUUAGAAUCCCCGCACCUCACGUUGUUGCCGCGCGCGCCUAUCGCCUGGCCGUCAAGAAACGUGCCACAACAUCUGCGGAGGCAACAAUGUCGUCGACAAUGACACAACGCGAACAACUGCACAAUUCGACCUCUGCCUCAGGCUCAGGCUCAGGCAUUGGCUCAGGUUCCGGCUCAGGCACGAACACCGCCUUCACACGCCUCGCCAAAUUGCUGCAUCAAUCAAGCGCCAUUACAUCCAAGUCCAAUCUGCAACAGCAGCAGCAACAGCACCACCGGCACCACCUCCACCACCAUUAUCAACAACAACAACAUAAACAUCGUGGCGACAAUAUCUACAUGGAGGCCCCCGCCAAUGCUGGCCUGGGGCUGGGUCUGGGCGAGGAGGCGCCGCGUCGUCUGUCCUGGGAGAGACGCAAGGACAGUAGCGCCCUGCAACGGUCGGCCAGCAUUGAUUCCUUUGCCGAGAUUGUGUUCAGCGACUCGCCCCGACCCUCUCUAGACAUCCCCCGCUCGGUGGCCCCCUUCAGCAAAAGGCCUUCAGCGAGCAGCCUCUACUCGAAUUGCAGCACCACAUCGGCUCAGCUGAAUGUCAAUUAUGGCGAUAUGGCGACAGUGGGGCAGGCGGGCAUGGGCGUUGGUGCGGCAGCGGGCGCGGGACUACAGGCCUGUGGCACGGGCAGCAGCAGUGCGGGCAACAGUCGACGCGAGAGCCUGCUGAGUCCAUCGUCGACGCGACGCAAUAAACUGACCAGAAUUAUUAAUGCUCUCUUCUCCGCUGUGGAGCACGGACAUCUGGAGAAGGCGCGCACCAUACUCGAGUCCACCGAUGUUGAUGUGAACAGCAUCAAUACGGACGGCUUGUCUGCCCUGGAUGUUGCCGUCCUCAGUAACAAUCGUUCCAUGACAAAAAUGCUCCUGCAACAUGGCGCCGUGGAGGGAUCACAGUUCUCUGUGGACAGCAUUGGCACCAAAUUAAAUGGCCUUCUCAAAGAUGCCGAGUCACGAAUACACGAACUGAGCGGUCCGGAGGCGCUCUGUCCGCCCAUCUUCGCCUCGCGUCCCUCCAUAUCGAGCAUUAUAAUUGGCAACACGGGCUCCUCGGUCACUGGCUGCACAGGCAAUGAGGUGGACAAGCAGAUUGGCAUCUGGGAGCGGCGUGUCAAGGGCUUGCGUCGCAUGCUGCUGGGCUGGGAUCAGGCGCGUCCACCAGAUGCGCCCGCCUCCGUGGCCGUCGAUGUAACCGGCGAUAAUUCUAUAACAGUGCAAAUACUGGAGCCGUUUGACGGCGCCAUCGGCACAAAGUUCAAAGUGCAAUGGUCAACGCGCGCGGACUUCAACAAUGUGGUGGGCGAGCGGGAGCUGAUGGAGUGGAUAAGUUUUCAUGGCACCAUGGGUGCCCAAUGCCACAUUGGUGGCUUAACGCAGGGACGACGGUACUUCCUGCGCGCUGCAUGCGGCAAUGUUAAGGGCUGGGGUGCUUACCGCAACUCCGUGCCCUCCAGCGUGGUGCCCUCUACCUGGCGCGAUUUGGACAACCGUGAGGAUCGUUAUUUGGGCCGUCAACGUAUACUCGAUAACCUCUUCACGGCAGUGCGUCUGGCGCGACCCGCGGAUGUCUCUGAGCUAAGCUUAGAUCCGACCAGCGUGCAACGGCGAAAUCCCAAAAAGAAAACCACCAUCAAACAGCUUUUCUCCGUUGCCUCCAAGUUCCAGAAGACGCUGCGCAGAGGAAUUUACUUAUCCUGCUUGGUGUACUGCGAUGAUAAGGUGCUGGUGACAAGCGAGGACUUUCCUCCUGUCAUCGAGAUCGACGAGUCCUAUCCAAGUGCUCUACACGCGGACUACUAUUGGCUAAUGAAGGUGGCUUGUACCUGGGACGAUGUCAAAUCCCUACGCACCGAUAUGGAGCGCAAUCUUACAUCGGCUGGACAUUUUCGCACGAAACUACUAUCGGCCGUCUGUCAAAUGCAAUCCGCUCUGGGCUUCACAGAUCUCGGCCAGCUGUACUAUAAGCCAUUACGUGAUGCUCAGGGCACUGUGGUGCUGGCCUGCAUACAGGCCGUGAAAAGUCAGAAGGCCGUGUCUAUAUUGAACUCGCGCUGGCUGCCAGUCAACAAGUUGCAGAAGAAGAUUGGCGCCCUGCACGAGGACUACAACAUCAAUGAGCUGCUCAUCUCAUCCAUUGGGGAGCAAAUACAUUACCAGCAGGCAGCGUUGCAACGUCUGGAGCCUGGCCUAUAUCUGGGCUAUCUGAAGAUGCAGUGUUCCAUGGAUCAGAUUCAGGUGGUGGUGCCGGUGAAAACUCCCAAUGUGCUUCCGCAUUGCAAGGUGCGGGAGAACAGUCACAUCACGGCCGAGGAGUGGCAGGUGCUGAAGCGCGGACCUAGCAGCAACUCGGGCACGGACUCACUGCGUCUGCCACUCGAGCUAAGCGCCAACAAAGAAUCGAGCACGGAAGUGCAGCGCCUGUUCCUUUACGAUCUCACCAAUGCCGUGCAUAAGCUCUUCGCCAGCAUGAACAUCAAGCCCACGGAGGCGGCUACGCAUCGUCUAUAUGAUGUGGAAGUUAUAGAGCAUAGUCGCGACAUUAGCUUCCUCAUUGUCUGUCCCGCAGUGGAGGCCUCCUGUGCCGUGCCGGGCCAAUCGGAGCUGCUGCUACAACGCGAUGAUCUCGCCUGCCUAAGCAUUCAGGCCUUCGAGAUGAUUCAUCUACGCACCUAUCAGCCGGGCAUUAUACAGAAGUAUGCUCGUCUCUCCUGCAUUCUCGAACUGGACACUGCACUGGCCACACACUCGCAUCGUGAAGCCUUCUCCACCAGCGAGCUGCAGACUGCCAAGGAGCGUCUGGCUACGUUGCACGAGCUGAGCGCGAAUCUCACGCUGGUGUGGAAGAGCGUUCGCUGGCUGAUGGAUGUCAUUGCCUUUGCGCGCAACAAGAAUGCCCAACCAUCGCUAGCCAUGCGUGAGAUUCUAGACAUUGCACAGGCACGCGACGAUGCCUCCACGGGCUCCUCCAAGCAGCUGCUUCAGCUGCCCAUACGCGAGUCCAAGUUCGCCAAGACGGGUACUGGACGCGGCAGUUGGCCCGGACCAGGCGCCGCUGAAGAUAAGAAUGGCAGUAGUGGCAGUGGGACUAGCUAUGCACCGGAACACUCAAAGUCCGAACAGAACCUAGGCUUGAGCGCUAUCACGCCCGGCUCUGCUCAGCCCAGUCCCGCCCCCACGCCCGUUGAGGUACCAGCCGGCCAAUCCCAAGCACAGUCGGACUCCAAACAACAACUGUUGCAGGUAGCCAGCGAUUACGCCUCCACCUCUGAUGUGUCGCUGCGCAAGAAUAGCGGCGACUCGGUCAGUUCGGCCUACACGGCACGCAGCUUCUACUCAGCCGCCGACUCGGCGGUGACAGGCAGCUCCGAAGGCAGCGGCAGUGUCUUUGCCAUUCCGCCCUCGCGCUCUGACGACACGCUCGCAGACGCACUGCGUCACUCCCAAGCGGCAUCGGCGCAGCGCAAACGGACCAGCUCCAACAUCGCUCAUAGCAGUCAUACCACACCACCGCUUAUUACGGUCCAUAGUUCCAGUUCGGCGCCCUAUUUGGCCGCUGGCGGCUCCAGCGUUUCAUUGCGCAGCGGCACCUUUGCCACAGAUCUCGAGCACAAGCCGCUGAAACCCGUUGCAGCUGAGUACAAGGCCAAGGCAGCGUCCAGUAUCAAUUUACGCGAGGGUGGACUUUAUUUAAAGUCCACACUGGCCGCCCUGCAGCCGGAACUGAAGCCGAACCUUAGCUCCAAAGUGGCUGCUGGCGAAGAACCCACCACAUCGAAGGCCUCCUCCACGAAGAGCCUGUCCCGACAGAGCAGUGAGGAGGACACGGGCAGCUGUUCCAGUCUCAACACGGACCAAAGCACAGCCGCCGGUAUAAUUCAGGUCUACACAGCCUACAACACCGGCCUGGCCAGCGGCACGAGUCUCAAGCUCCACGUUACACCCAAGACGACGGCCAGGGAGGUGAUCAAUCUGGUGGUCAAGCAAUUGAACAUGGCCGCAGUGCUAAAGGGGAGCAAGGGUCCCAUCUACAGUGCCGAUAUGUUGGACAAUUUUUGUCUGGUCGCUGUUAUUGGGGCGCGAGAGCGUUGCUUACGCGACGAUUUCAAGCCGUUACAGCUCCAGAAUCCCUGGAAGAAGGGGCGACUAUAUGUGCGACAGAAGCAUGAAUUGCUCGCCGCCAUCGAGCACUCCAAUCGCAAGUCGCACUUGAUCUAAAAGCAAACAAAUUCGAACAAACAAAUUGUAAAACAAACGGGUAACACUUAGACUAUAAGCAAGGGCUCCGAAAAGAGCAGAAAACACAUACAAAUUGUGUCCGCCGUACAAUUGCCUACAUACUCGAAUAGUAUGUAUGUAGGUGUUAACUAUGAAUUGCUCUCUGAAUAUUAUUAUUAUAUAUGUAGUAGUACAGUGCACGCUAGCUGAAACAAACUGAUGUAAUCAGAACUUCUCUUUCAGAAUAGUUAACCUCAACUCUACAAGUAUUCUGUCUGCUAAAGGGUGUCUUUGAAACCAUGGGGAGAAUACUUACUGGUUCUUGACCGAACAAUUAUAGCAGAUUCUAUUCUGAUUCAAUUACAGUAUUCAGGUAUAAUAUCGCGGUCAAAAUUUCACUUAAGCCCAAGGCUGUUGCUUGCUGUUGAUUGUGUCAUGGUAUAUCAAGAGCUAUAACAGCUACCGAAUAGCCAAAGUAAUGUCUUAUCCUGAAUAUAUCGGGCUCGGAACAUUUAUAUCAAAGAUUUUCUAUUUCCGACGAAGAGGGAACCCAUUAAAAUCCGAACAUUGCCGUUUGAUAAGCCAUUGGGAGAAUUUGUAAUACAUUUGAAACUAUGAAGAAUAGAUCUGUUAUGUUCCACAAAUCAAAUUUGAUAUUAUCCAAAAAAUCUUUGCAAAAGAGAUAUGUACCAGCUAUCGUAAUAACUUCAACUUUAUGACACUUAAGUUGUCAAAGUAUUCAAAAGCAGAUUUUUAAAACUUGUUAAUGCUUGUUUACUUUACUUAGCGUGUACUGUACUCUUGGUUUUGAGUUGCUGCGCAGCAUUCCAUCCAGCUAAGACUCGAAUAGCCUCCAAAAUUUGCCAUCGCAUAAUCGCAGAAGCAAGCAAAUUUUGCAGGCACGUCCAUUGUUUAUAGAUGCAUAAAUAUACAUACAUACAUACGCAUAAAAACAUGCACACACUCAUGCAUACAAGUAUACCAAUAAUUAGUUGGUUAAAUUGUAAAUUUUAUGAUUUGGUUUUUGCUUUAGGGUAACCCGAUCCCCCAGCGAAGUUUGACGACCAAUUCCCAAAUUAGACUGAAUUACUUGUGUAUUUAAAAGAGAAAACAAAAUGAAGAAACAAAUUACAAUUUUAAUGUAAUGGUAUUAUAUUUUGAAUAGUUUUACAUUAUACAUUAAAUACAUACACACACACAUACACAGAACACACGCACACACUUAGAUUGUUGUUAGUUGUUUUAGGCGUGAGCUCAAAGUUUUUACACGCAGUUCGCUGCUUAAUGUUUAAGUGCAAGAAAUUUACAUAAAGAAACACCCAUACACCCACACAUACAUACAUACUCGUACAUACUUAUAUCAUAUAUA